CAACAGUCAACAUUCGCUCUGUUUUCGCUUCCAAAUAAACAAACAAAUAAUUAUAAUUCUUUCUUACAAAAAAAUAAAAAGAUAUAUAUAAAUCUUUCGCACUCUCUCUUUGCUUGUUGGUGGUGCAUAUGUAGUAAGUAGGUUAAGCUUAAAGAACUGAUCGGAGAAUCACAACCAUGGCUAAAUGUCACCGGAAUAAUAUCGGAUCUCUCAUUCUUGACCGUGCUCCUUCCACUUCUUCUUCUUCUACUUCCGGCUACCAUUUCCGUCUCUGGAGCACCUUCUCUAGAUCCACAUUCCGUAGAAAGAUCGUCGACGCCGUUAGUUGCGGCGGUAGCUCACGUUACCGUCACGAGCUCCGGGAAGAGGACGAUGAAGGAAGUUACGUGACGGUGACGGCGAAGUCAACAGUUGCAUCAUCGAAAGAUGCGAAAGCUAAUACGAUCGGCGCGGCGUUGAACGGCGUAGCGUUCGAGGAGACAUCGAAGAAAUCGGAGAAGCUUUGUGAUCUGUUGAAUCUAGCUGAAGUUGAAGCUGAUGUUGAGACGAUGAAGAAAGAGGAAGCUCUUGAGGUUUUGAAGCGCGUGGUCAGAGAGUUACAAUCAGCUGCGGCGGCGCGUGAAGAUAACGAUGACGGAGGAGACUGUCGGAAGAAAAUAACGGCGGCGAGUGAGGUACGGUUGUUGGCGAAGGAAGACUCGGAGGCGAGAGUGACGUUGGCGAUGCUCGGUGCGAUUCCGCCGUUAGUUAGUAUGAUCGAUGACUCGAGAAUCGUAGAUGCUCAGAUCGCUUCGCUUUAUGCUCUGCUCAAUCUUGGGAUUGGUAAUGACGCGAACAAAGCAGCGAUUGUUAAAGCAGGUGCUGUUCACAAAAUGCUGAAGCUAAUUGAGUCUCCAAACACUCCUGAUCAAGAGAUUGCAGAAGCUGUGGUCGCUAAUUUUCUUGGAUUAAGCGCUUUAGAUUCAAACAAACCGAUUAUUGGUUCUUCUGGAGCUAUAAUCUUCCUGGUGAAAACUCUUCAGAAUUUGGAUGAAACAAGUAGCUCACAAGCGAGAGAGGACGCAUUGAGAGCUCUCUACAACCUCUCAAUCUAUCAACCAAACGUUUCGUUUAUCCUUGAAACCGAUUUGAUCACGUAUCUUUUGAACACAUUGGGAGAUAUGGAAGUGAGUGAGAGGAUUCUCGCUAUCUUGAGCAAUUUAGUGGCAGUCCCUGAAGGAAGAAAAGCAAUCGGUUUGGUGUGCGACGCAUUCCCGGUUUUAGUCGAUGUACUGAACUGGACUGACUCACCGGGGUGCCAAGAAAAGGCGACUUACAUUCUAAUGUUGAUGGCUCACAAGGGAUACGGAGAUAGACAAGUGAUGAUUGAGGCGGGAAUCGAAUCAGCGUUGCUCGAGUUAACUCUUUUAGGAAGUGCACUGGCACAAAAGAGAGCAUCAAGGAUAUUAGAGUGUCUUAGAGUAGACAAAGGAAAGCAAGUCCUGGAUAGUACAGGAUCAUGCGGAGCCUUAUCCGCACCGAUAUACGGGACCAGAGACAACGGUUUGGACCACGAGGAAAACGAUUUGAUGAUGAGCGAAGAGAGGAAAGCCGUGAAACAGUUAGUGCAACAGAGUUUACAGAGUAAUAUGAAGAGAAUUGUGAAGAGAGCUAAUUUGCCACAAGACUUUGUUCCUUCAGAGCAUUUCAAGUCACUAAGUUUGAGCUCCACUUCAAAGAGCCUUCCCUUUUGAAAAAUGUAAGUCUUAAUCAUUAGUCAGAUUGCUAAUUUAAGUAGAUUGUCACAUUGAUAAGUUUGUUAACUUUCUUCCCAAGGCUUUAUUGAUUUGAUGCUCUGUCUCUCACUCACUGACAGUGGCAUAAAAUGUAAAUUCGGGUAAUAUUAGAGGGCAUUGAGUUAGUCUCUCACAUGCACUUCACCAGUUUUUUAGUCUUCCUCGAGACCCCACCCACAUAGCCUGAAUCUUGAAAUUACCAUAUUGCCCAUCUUCCUUAACUAAAGUGUCGGUCAUUAUCUCACUUUGAAGUAUGGCUUGGUCCACUCUUGCUUUUGCUUUUAUUGUUUGUAUUUAAUUUUAUAUUUAUGUCUCUGUAAAAUACAUUUUCAAACAGAGUUUUGGAAUCUUUUGAGAGAUUAUUUUAUGGUUGUUUCUCGAAUAUAAAAUAGAGUACAUGCCUGAAUAAACAAUGUGGCGGCGUGGAGUAAAUUGGAUCUGUCGAUCUAACUACAUUUUGUUUGUUAUUGUUUUGUUUUGUAGCGAAAAUUUUACACAAAUUCAUUAUAGAAUAAUCAAGCAUCACGUCUUGUAGGUGUCAUCAUGAUUCAUGAAGCAUUUCUACAAAAAUAAUAGAGAGAAAGACACAUAUGAGCUGAUUUAACAAGAGGAAAUAAAAACAAAGAAGAGUGUUGUUGCUUCGCCAGAUCUCAUCAGCUUCUGAGGUAUGCGACAAAUGUGCUCAGACACAAUCUAAUAUAAUGCAUAGUACUCAAGGUACGAUGUGUCGUUGUGUUUGAGUUAACUUUUUUUUUGGUUUGGUUGGUGGUUUUGUUAAAAGUAAAAAAGCCAAAUUGGUCUACUAGGCUUAGCGUGAAAAGUAUUGUUAUAAAGUUAUAGAGUUUGUUAGCUUUUACUUUUACCAAUUUUAUCAGCUUUUUUACUAUUAUUAUAUGGUUAAAUUAAUACUGUAUCUUUCCACCUUUUUUUUGGCUUAUGAGUGAGUACUCAUCCUUAAAAAACUUGAGUAAGUUUAUAUUUUUCUCUUUUGUUAAAAGAGUAAUGCUUAUAUUCGAUGUGUACUUUGUAAAAACCCUACAAGAUUUUAAGGAUGGUCCAAAUUUGAAAUAGUACACGUCUAAAAUAAUUAACAACAUAAUUGAAAGGUGGGAGAGGCAUGUGGGAGUGUGAGUGCUUUCAUUAAAGACAGUCUACUUUAUUUAAGUUUUGAUAUGAUCUACUGUUAUGGAGAACACUCUUCUUCGGCUACUAAAAGCUGCACUAGCUGUCUCUGGAUAUCGACAACAUACUUAUCUUAUCUAUUGCCGUUUCAUUUCUAUAAUAGUUAGUUUUGCCAUGCUCGAUUAAUCUAGAU